AUGUCGGAUGACGAGAUUGUCGCCGGCCCGCCUGGAGCCACAUCUCUGGAUGCACGAGGAACGUCUGACCUGAAACCCAAAUACCGCUCAUGGCGCAAGAAGUAUCGCAAGAUGAAGACGCACUUUGACGACGUCAUGAAGGAGAGCAACAGCCUGUUUAUCGAUGAGCAGAAGCUCGAUGCAUUGUCUAAGAGGCUGCAGGAGCAGAACGACCNAACUGCUCGACCUCCUUCUCGACCUCAACACAUCCCUUCGCAGCAGCCGCAGGAAGAACGCGACAUGACUCUCGACGCCGCCAACAACAUCAUAGCCAAUGCCCACCAUGCCUUCCACAACCACGAGAUCCCCCAUCUAGACUUUGUCCGCAUACGACAGGACAUAGAAGCCCUGUUGGCUCGCAAGAAUGCCAAGAGCUUGGUCGACAUGGAGGCUCAGAUCCCCCAUCCACGAUAUCACCACCCAAUUCCACCACUUGUCGCCGAAGCAGAUCCCGCCUUCUUGUCUUCGUCGCACGAAGAUGCCUAUCUUACUCGACUUGACAACAAGCUAGAACCUGUCGCCCUUGGCGAUCCUCGCCCGUCCUCACCCCAACCCCUUUCCAAGCUCACUCAGCGCGAAUUGGACCGCGAGGUCGAACUACGUAACCCUCUAUCCGUCCACAACUGGCUCAAGAAACACAGCACAAUGUCCGACAUCGACGGCGCUUCAGAAGGUGGUGCCGCUAACGCUCAAACUCCUGCGACCGCCAACAAGCGCCGCAACCUUGCCAAGCAAGUUGGCGAUAGAGCAAUCGAACGCGCUAGAGAAAAGGAGGGCAGCCCAGGGAGCACUGUGGACAACGAAGACGAGCCUGCUGCGGACGACACACCGGGCAAGCCGAAAAAAGCCAGGGACGACGACCAAACGUACCGCCCAAAGGGCGGCCGUAGCAAAAGCAAGCGAAAGAGAGACGAGGGUGAAAACACGCCUGCUCGGGGUAAGAAGCAGAGGACGAGUCUCAACAUCCCCUCGGAUGCAUGA